GAUGGAAACUUUAGGCUGCACCACGUGACCAGUGCCGGGUUUAUAUACCCAUAUACUGAUAACAGGCACAUCUUUCCUCUUUUCUACCCCAAUCAGACAGCCACCAUGUCGAUCUCAACAUCUGAUCUUACAAGCCUGAGUUCGUCUGCUUCGGGUUUUGUCGAACAGGAGGUCCUUGAGAAGCUACAUAGGUACCGUCCUAAAGAUCCCAAGGAUGAUACGGUGAAAGUCCUCCAUGCUUUUCUCGAGCAUCUUGGAAAGGACGGUAGAGAAAAUCUACUUGAAGAUUUGCACUCACUCCAGACAGAUGAAGAAAUAAACCAACACGCGACUACUCUUGUCGAGGGGCUGUUAUUUCCGUUGAGAGCCCACUCGAAAACUCCAUCCAUCACCAUUUCCGCCCGGUUUGGAGUCGAGGACUCCAUCGAGAACAUCGCUGCCGCACUGGACGAGCCGGCAGCCAGAAAAGAUCAAACCUGGCUCAAAACGGCCUGUCUGAGGCGUGACGACUACAAAUGUUGCCUAAGUGGUGCUAGGGAUCCUGCGCACAAACGCAAUUCCACUGAAAUCAUCGAUAGGACAAAUUGCGCCCACAUCAUUCCCUUUUGCAUUGGAAAUUGGACCAACGAGACAGAGCAAAAUGCGGUCGCGAAAAUCUGGGUCAGUCUAAAUCGAUGUUUUCCAUCCCUGAGGAGCAGAAUAGGCUUGACACAAAGCUCGAUUAACGAACCUCGAAAUGCCAUCACUAUGACUCAUGGGCUUCAUGUGUAUUUCGGUACAUUCGACUUUGCGCUCGAGGCUCUCAGAGAACCCAAUUCGUACCGGAUCAAAGUUUUUGAUCCCCAACACGCAUUUGUGAGAACCCUGCCGUCGUCUGGUAUUGUCACAUUUGAGCAGCACGAUGCCAGAUAUCAACUUCCUAGCCCAGAACUUCUAUUUGUACAUGCCACGAUAGCAAAGAUCCUGCAUGCUACUGGAAAAGCGCAGGAAGCGGACAACAUCUCCAGGGACAAAGACAGCACUGGCGUCAUGGCCAGAGAUGGCAGCACUGAUAUCACUCGACUACUGUCAACGACUUCCAUUGGGUUCGCUUACUCCCAAAUCAAAGAUCCUCACCCUAGCAAUGUUCACGCUCGUCCGGCUACUAUGACAGACGAUGGAACACAGAAGGGUCGAAAGCAGCGAUCAAUCAACAAAAAGAAAGAGAAUGUUUCCUGAAAACUUUGAUUUUUAUUCAGAAAACAUGGAAGAUAGUUCAUAUGCCAUAGCCAC